GCGCCGUCCGCUCGCUAGCUGGCUAGCUGGCCGGCCCAUCGGUGUGCCGCCGCAGCUUUCAGGGCCGGGCUCCUGGUCGUUGUCGUCGUCGUUGCGGACGCAGGCAGGAGGGUCGGGAUGGCCCCUCGGGGCGGCCCAGCGGCAGUGACGCCCCCCUAAGGGCCGCCCCCUCGCCGCUCUCCGACCGUCGGAAGCGCCUUGGGCGCAGGAGGAGGCGGCUCGGGCGCUGCUGCCGCGGUUGCUACUGCACAGGCUGCGGGCUGGCCGGCCGGCCAUGGCCAAGGAGCAGGACGCCGAGGCGGCCGGGGCGGCAUCUGCGGCCGCAGCCGGGGCGGGAGGCCCCCCCGGGAGCCGCUCUCGCCAGCCGCCACCGCCACCUCUGCAGCCGCGCCUGUGCCACAUGCUGAAGGGCGACAACGGCUACGGCUUCCACCUGCACGGCGAGAAGGGCAAGAGCGGCCAGUUCAUCCGCAAAGUGGAGCCCGACUCGCCGGCCGAGGCGGCGGGGCUGCGCGCCGGGGACCGCGUCGUCGAAGUCAACGGGCUCAACGUCGAGAAGGAGACGCACCACCAGGUGGUGCAGCGCAUCAAGGCCGUGGAAGCGGAGACUCGCUUGCUGGUGGUGGACAAAGAGACUGACGAAUACCUGCGGAGUCUGCAGCUCACUUGCACCGAGGAGAUGGCCCGCACGGGCAUCGUGGCAAACCCCGAGGUGUCGCCGGUCAAGUCGACCGCAAGCGACAACAACGGCGAGGCCUGGAAGCCCCAGUUGGAUCUGAGCAACCGAAACCUUAAGAGGCACAAGCACAGCUUGAGCUCGGAGAGUGGGAAGAAGGAUUUGAACGGGCAACCCAAGGACCUCUGCCCGCGACUUUGCCAUCUCAAGAAAGGCCCCACUGGCUACGGGUUCAACCUCCACAGUGAGAAAGCCAGGCCUGGGCAGUUCAUUCGGUCAGUAGACCCAGAUUCACCAGCAUCCAAGGCAGGACUCCGACCGCAGGACAAACUCGUUGAGGUCAACGGGAUCAAUGUCGAGGGCCUGAAGCAUUCCGAGGUAGUGUCACAUAUCAAGUCCAAGGAGCAUGAAGCCACAUUGCUAGUUGUGGACCCCGAAACAGACGAGUAUUUCAAGAAACUGGGCAUCACCCCUGCAGAGGAGCACAUUGGAGGGGGACUUCCUCAGCCCAUGACCAAUGGGUCAGCACAAACGCAGCUGAAUGGGGGAUCCAUGUCCUCGUCCCACAGCGAUUGCCAAAGUCCUGAGAAGGAGUCUGAGGUGGGAGAGCCUGGGAAGAAGGAUCCGUUUGAGGAGAGCGGCUUGAACCUGAGUCCCACGGCAGCGGAGGCCAAAGAGAAAGUGCGGGCCAAGCGGGUGAACAAAAGGGCCCCCCAGAUGGACUGGAACAAGAAGCGGGAGAUCUUCAGCAACUUCUGAGCCAGCCGAGGAGCUCCUCUCGACUCCUGUUGCGGCUCCCCCCACCCCGGCCUGGAGACAUUUGCAAAUGAGCAUGGGGAUGGCGACGGCCGCGCUGUGCCUCCAACGGGCACUGCUCCAAGGCGUGCCAGGCUCUGCUUUUUACCAUAGGUUUGUGUUGCUUUGUACAAAGCACAUUUCCUCCUCGCCCCCUGCCCCCAGCCUCUUUUAUUGUACAAAAGUGGUCACAGAGAGAGAGAGAGAUUGAAACUGCAGGGCUCAAACACACAAAACAGGCAACUGUGAAACUGCCACAGUAACAAGCAGGAAAAGCAAGUGGCAAUUCUCCUUUCCUUUUUGAAUCGCUUAACCUGCAAUAUUUAGAAUGUAUUAUUUAUAGGAUCAUUUUUAUAUCAUUAAUUGUUUGAGCUUCUUCUGCCUCUUCUUGUAGCGAUGUCAUUUUUUUUUAAUGUCACAACCAGAACUUGAUAACCAGAGCCUUUCCACUUAACUGGAUGCUGCGGUCUGCACUGUGAUGGGUUAACAGCAGCUGUUGCCAACCUGGUGCCCUCCAGAUGUUCUAGAUAAUGCCUACUCCUUGCAGCAGCCCUUGGUUUCAGGCAGAAGGGGGCAUCAGGUUGGCAGAGACUGCUGGGUUUCCAUGUUGGCAUCCUCAUAAACGUGGUUGCCUGACCAUUUUGUGAUUGUGCAAGUUUUCUCUGUGGCUUUAAACUUGGACUUUUUAUUUUUUAAAGGAGGGGAAUUUUUCCCGCCCCUCCAUCUGUUCAUAGUUAGUGCUUGAAACACCCUGACCCUUUAAGCCUCAGGCACAGCAAGUCCCCUUCUCUUUGCAAAUUGUUUUUGCCUUGUUACCACUUUUCAGAACAACUGCGCUUUCCGAAAAGCCCCUUCCCUUCACCACUUUUCAGAACAACCAUGCUUUUUGAAAAGUCCCUUCCUUACCAAACGUGGCAAAAGACCACAAUUAUUUGGUGCACUCAGGUGCAGAAAUGCAUGCUGUCCCUUGCCAACCCCCUCAGGGCAGGGUAGGGUAGAAGCAAAAAAAAAAAAAGCAGCAAGCACCCCCCUCUUUCUAAAUCCUGACAUUUAUAAGGAACACUAAUCUGAAUUGGCUGUAGCCAGAAGCUGGAAAUAACACUUUUUAGUGAGACUCGGGAGCAGCACAGGAAGACAAUUGUAUCCAUGAAAUACUAACAUUCCUGGGAGCAGUUCCUCUGGGAGACGGUGUCCUGCUGGCAAAUGGACGGGCGUCUCGAGAUUUAAGCAGAAGCACCCCCUUUAUGUGAAAAUUCAUUUAACCUCCAACGGCACAACUAUUUCCACUUCCAGGCCUUUUGAAAACAUGCACCCCAUUUCAACAUUGCUGAUGUUUCAAUGGCUGCACCAUUAACCAACCUUCCUUUCAGUUUAGCAGCAAUAUGGUAUUUGCACGUAUCAGCUGUGCUAAGGAAAGACUGUAGAGGAUGGUCACCCCUUUUAACAUAUGACUACUAACCCUUUCCACAGGCAGUGCCCGGGGUAGGAGAUGAUGGACAGAGUGGUCCCCAAAGCCAUUUUCGGGCCGAGGGCCACAUUCCCUUGUGGGCGAUCUUCUGGGGGCUGCAUACCAGUGGCAGCAGAAACCAGAAGCAAAGGUGGUGGAGCUCACAGGGCUUUUCCCCCUGACCUGCAAAGGUCUGAGGUUCUAUACCAACCCUCCCCCUUCUCCAUCCAUGGAAUCCAAAAGGUUUCAUUACAGUCCAAGAACAUUUCCCAGCCGGGGAAAAGGACUUGAUGAAAGCACCAAUUAGCACUUGGUUUGAGAAGGGGGAGUGGCCUAGGAAGCAUCCUGAGGGCCAGAUGGAGAGGCCCGAAGGGCCGCAUUUGGUCACUGGGCCUGAGGCACACACCCCCUACAGUCAAAGUCAGAUCUCAUGCUUUAACCAUGACGCGUAAUGUUGAAUUUAACAAGCUCUGAAUGUGUUUUAGCUUCUGCAAUGUUCUUUCCAAAGAAUAGCUCAGAAGCACAGAAUGUGUCUUUUUUGAGACAGCAACACAUCCACAUCUACUGACCACCUGACCUGCUCAUUACCAGCGUUAGGCCCUCUACGUUACUUCCCCCACCCCCCAAAUAGAAAGAAGAAUUGUUAUUAAAGGCAAGGAGGCAUGGUAGAGGUUGGAUUGCCAUCUUUGAGGGAUUCUUUAGCUGUGAUUCUUGCACUGCAGGGGGUUGGACCAUAUGACUCUCGGGGUCCCUUCCAACUGUAUAAUUAUAUGAUUCUGUGAUUCCCUAGAUCAGUGGUGUCCAAACUUUUUUCAAAGAGGGCCAGAUUUGAAGAAGUGAAGGGCCGUGAGGGCCGGCCAAAGCUGUCAACCUUUUUUUUUAGGAUUGAAGUUGUUGAGGUUUUUUAGGAUUUUACCCUAGGAAAUAAACUGCCACAGGGGCCGGAUUAAACUGACCGGAGGGCCGGAUUAGGCUCCUGAAACAGACUUUGGACAUGCCUGCCCUAGAUAGAUCUUGAUGUUGUUAUAAGAGGACAAGAGUUGGGAGACGGAUUGACCCAAGGGGCCCAGGUCACUGGGAAGUUUCCAGGGAAGUUCUCACCCCUCCCUGUGUUAAUUCAUGGGAGGGAGUAUACUGUUUGGUAUGUUUUUUGUGGUAGGCACUGAAAUGUCUUGAAUCCAGGCCAGAGUGAAAGUGGAUAAUUCUGGGGUAUUGCUCCUACUUACUAAAUGAAUAUGAUCCUCCUCAAUGAGUGAUGUAUGUGAACUGUGUGUGAACAUAAAAGCGCACACUCCUGUGGAACCUCUACACUAGGCUCUUCUGUUCUUGAGGAGACCCCUUUGCUAAUCUGGUGCCCUCUAGCUGUUUUGAACCACAGCUCCCAUCAGCCUCAGCAGGCACACCCAUGGUUUGGGGCUGAUGGGAGUUGUAGUUUGAACAUCUGGAGGGCACACAGUUGGCAAAGACUGCUUGAAAGUGAUCACAUUGCAGCAGCAACUCAGAAAUUGUUAUCCAAACUCUUCUCCUGAUUCUACUAAGUGAGGGAGAAGUAAAAAAAAAAAGGGGGGGGAAGCUAGCUAAUGAUUUUAUAACACUGUUAAUCUGGUAAGGGGAGGCAGGUAGGAAGAGUUUUUUCUUCUAGCCUUCUUUAGUGAGACAUCACAACCUUUCACACCCAGUAUUAAAAAGGAAGCUGGAUGGGAUGCAGUUUCUUUCAUAAAAAGAGGUAUGUAUGACUAAGCAAUUGCCACCCUUUUAAUUAGGGCACAAAUGUACAACAAGUAUUUAAGAAGGGGGGGGGGGACACUUUGUCUUCAGGGAUUCUUCAGCUGUGAUUCCUGCAUGGCAGGGGGUUGAAGGAGAUGAUCCUUUUGGGCCCCUUCCAACUCUUACACUCCUGAUUCUACAAUACCCUGCAAGAUGACCAAGUGCCCUUUGAUAUAAGUAUACUCUGGGGGCUUUGUGUAUGUUUUGCGAAUAACUGAGCUGAAUAAGGUGCCUUAGAUUUGGGGAAAUGGCUCCCGUGUAGCAAAGCUGGCUUGGUAAAUGGUACCAUUCUUUUGUUAUGUGAUUGGUUUUCAAGAAUAACUUUGUAUACAGUUUCGUUACAGGCGGUUUUGAGAGAAAUGCAAGGUGGAGUAUCGGUGUCCAUGAUGGACAGCCUUGUACUCAUAGUCUGCCCCAGGAGUAGCCAAAGUAGUGCUCUCUAGGUGUUGCUGGACUCCAUCUCCCAUCAUAUCUCACCAUUGGUUGUGUUGGCUGGGGCUUAUGGGAAUUCUGGUCCACAACAUCUGGAGAGCACCACAUUAGAUACUCUUUGUCCACACCAGCUUUUACCAAUCCGAUGGUCUCCAGCUAUUUUGGACUACAAUUCCUAUCAGCCCCAGAGCAUCAAGUUGGGGGCAGCUGGUCUGGAUGCUUGAGAAACGUGCCCUAAUUCUGCACCUGAGUUAAUCUAAUUUAAUGCCACAUUUUGACUGAUUUUGCAGUCUACCUGGCUAGUAUAGGAACACCAUUGUAGUCCUCACCUCUGUCCCCUCGGAGGCCUACUAUCUCUGUCUUCUGAGAUAGCACCAGGCAUCACCCACCACUUCUGAAUUUUAUCUCUGUAGGCAUGAGAACUAGAAAGCGAUCUUCUUAAAAACAACAACCCCCCCUCAUAUUUCAGAUUGAUUCCAUGGAUUUUCAGUGAUUAUGACCUCAGCAGGCAAGAAGGGUUUGACUACACAUCACUGUGCUGAUGAUUUUUAUUUUUUUAAAAAAUAAAAAACAGGGUUUCUAGCCCACAUGGAAUCUGGAGAAAUGUCAGGAAUGUCUUUCCCCCUUUGGGACUCCUUCUUUGCCAAGCUUUACCAAAACAUUCCAAUUUGUUUUUAAAAACCAUUGCACCAUUGAAGACUGUGAAGCUAUGUAAAAAUAAAUAUAUGUAAAUAUGACUAAUUUGCACAACUCGAGUCUGCAGGCUUGGGAUUUUACCGCAUUCCCAAACCAUUUAUUAUUGGAGAACAGCUGUACUUGCUGACUCCCAAUCCAGCCCCAGUUAUGCUCAGCUAGUCCCAUAGAUGCCCAUUAGUAUUGAAAGGGGGCUUCCUGCUGAUGCCACAGGCAGGGUGUACAUUAUGGGGCAAAUGCAAAUAAGAGUGCAUGUAGAUCUGCCUUCCCCAGCCUGGUGCCCAGAUGUUUGGAAUAAAUAUCCCAUGAUCUUUGGCCAUGCUGGCUAGUACUGGUGGGAGUUGAAGUCCAACAACAACAACUGGAGGGCCCCAGGUUGAGUAAGCCUGCCAUAAAUCUCUCCUGAUGACUCGGGACCACUGAUUCCAGGAGGAUAAUGAAAUGUUUGAGUGAAAAUGUGGCUUCCUGAAGAAUGCUCUGCUGAGUCUUCUUUAAUUUUUUUUUAAACAAAGAAAACAGUUAUUGAGUGAGACUGGUGGUAAUUCAGGUAUAAGCUAAUACCUGCUGAUAAGGUUGCUUGAAACUUGAUUUUGAGAAUGGUGUGAGAUUUCUAAAGCUUUUUUGGGGGUGGGGGCGGGGACUGCUUUGAUUCCUUAAAUGAUUGGAGGGCACUUGCUUUUCAAAUUAGGCUAAAGUUUUUACCUCCAAAAGAGUUGCCCCCAAUGCAUUAUUAGCAAAGGCACUGAUGCACCAGAGGUGUGUGGGUGUGUGCUACUGCUGCUGCAGUUCCCACCAUCCCUGGCCAUUGGUCCUGCUGCCUUGGGCUGAUGGGAGUUGCAGUCCAGCAACAUCUGGAGGGCCACAGAGGAGUUCUCCACCCGUCUGAUACAUGGAAAGAACAUGUUUACAUCUGGUCAGUGGAAGAUGAAACAGGAUGGGAGGCCUUUUGAAAAACGCCUGGAUAAUACCUUGGGCUCCAUGAUCGAAGAAAGGUGAAAUAUAAUAGUAAGGAAAUGAAUGAAUGCAGGACUGGUUUGAACAAGGAUUUCUAAAGUCAUUCUUUAAGGACAGGAGAGGUGUGACAGAAGCACAAAUUUGAGGGUUGUGGUACAAUUGAAAUCUCCUAUACAAACCUAUACCUAUAGAGGUAGCUUUCCCCCUACCCCUUCCCAGAAAGCAAACAUCUCAGUCUCUGUUCCGUGGAUUGACUCAUGACAAUUUAAAAGCACGCCUGGCUCUCUUCUCUCUGCCAUCCUAUAUGCUCUGCAGCACUUAACUCAGUUUCUGCACAACUAACCUAGACAUUCACUAUAAAGUUAUAAGAAGAGCUGUUAACUGCAUUGUGUAAAAAAAUGUAUACUAAAAUGUCAAUAAUAAAUCUGGUUUCCCAUGUA